CCCUGAUCAGCCACAUAGGGUGCUGAGGGUUAGCAAAGAUGGUUGGAACAGGGAAUGGGAGCACAGGGGAGGGUGAGAGGUAUCUGGCCGUUAGAAGGCACAAAAUAGGGAGAGGGCAAUAGAGUGUGCUGAAUGGGUGGAUUUGUGAUUGGGAUUGACCCAAAGGGGCGGGGGUAAUAGGAGCAGUGCGACCAAAUACCAUGGAGUGGGGAUGGGACCGAGACUGACUCAGGGAUGAGGCAGGAUCUGAGAAAAUUGACCCAAAGGGAGUAGACCAAGGGAGGGGGAGAAACAGAGGUGGGCUGCUAGCCUGAGAAGGGGGCUGGGAAAGCAAAUUAGAGGGCAGGUCCGAGCCCUCUCCUCGGGAGGUGGGGGUGUGUAUCCAUAUAAGGCGAACUGCGACCCCUGCUCUCCCGGAGCUGAGGUAAGAGCUCCGCAUCCCUAGGACCCCCCCGCACAUGGAUGCGCACGUCGCUUUCUCGGGCUUCCCGGCUCUGCCCUCGGUCUCGCCGUCGGGGCCGCAGCCGUCGCCGCCGCUAGCCGGAGCCGAGCCGGGGCGCGAACGCGAAGAGGUGACGAGCGGUGGGGACGUGGAAGCCACGGGCGCGCCGGGCCCCGGGAGAAGGCGCCGGCGGCCGCUGCAGCGCGGGAAGCCGCCCUAUUCGUACAUCGCGCUCAUCGCCAUGGCCCUGGCGCACGCUCCAGGCCGCCGCCUCACGCUGGCCGCCAUCUACCGCUUCAUCACCGAGCGCUUCGCCUUCUACCGCGACAGCCCGCGCAAGUGGCAGAACAGCAUCCGUCACAACCUCACCCUCAACGACUGCUUCGUCAAGGUGCCGCGUGAGCCGGGCAACCCGGGCAAAGGCAACUACUGGACGCUCGACCCCGCGGCCGCCGACAUGUUCGACAACGGCAGCUUCUUGCGGCGCCGCAAGCGCUUCAAGCGCGCCGAGCUGCCCGCGCCGCCGCCACCGCCCUUCCCCUACGCGCCCUUCCCGCCCGCGCCCGCGUCGCCCGCGCGUCUCUUCCGCCUAGACAGCCUGCUGGGCCUGCAGCCCGAGCCGCCGGGCCCCGUGGCGUCCGAGCCGCCCUGCUGCGCCGCCCCCGACGCCGCCUUCCCGCCCUGCGCCGCCGCCGCCGCCUCCUCUCAGCCGCUCUAUUCCGCUGCGCCCGAGCGCCUGGGGCUGCCUCCGCCGCUGCCCGCCGAGCCUCUCCUGACCUUGGCCGGACCGGCGGGCGCGCUCGGGCCGCUCAGCCCCGGGGACGCCUACCUGAGACAGCCGGCCUUCGCGCCGGGCCUGGAGCGCUACCUGUGAGCCGCGGUCCCGGCGGGAGCACCUGGCCGCACCUCCAGCCCCGCCCGGAGCAGAGCGCGCUUGGCUCUGGGGGACACUCGCAGCGUGGCGCUCUCUGCUGAGUCCCCUUGCCUUGCCUCGGGCUGAACCUUCCUUGCCUUCCUCCAGCCCUGGGGAAGACUCUGACCACCUCACCACCAGACUGAAGCGUCCUCUUCAAUCUGACGCCUUCACUCCUCCCUCUUCUGUACGCCCCACCUUGGAAGCUUUUGUCUCAAGCCACCUCUUCGACCUCUGAUAUUUUGCCAACCUCAGAGGUCAGACUCCUGGGUUCAUUACUUCCACACCAUCUUCCACCAUUUACCAACAAGUUUGACAAGUUUGUCCCCCUACCCUGCCCUUGGUUUCUUACUGAGCCCCUUUCCCACACAGACACACCUGGCUGCUCAGUUCCAGGUUCUGAGGACAGUUCUUCAGACCUUUCUAGGUUACAGCACCAGGGGCUCCUGACUGAAUGGGGGGGAUUAAUGGGCCUCUGUGUCUGCCCUGCCCCCGUGGAAAGCACAGAACUGAUCGGGUUGUUGUUAUUUUCCAAUCAAAGCUAGUUUA